AUGGAAAAAUUGCUCUGCAGCAUCCUGGUGUUUGGAAUGGCUGUCACAGUCAACGCUUGUCCCAAAUAUUGUGUCUGUCAGAACCUGUCUGAGUCACUGGGGACUUUGUGUCCCUCCAAGGGUCUCCUUUUUGUACCACUGGACAUAGAUCGAAGGACUGUUGAACUCCGUCUUGGGGGCAACUUUAUUAUCAAUAUCAGCCGACAAGAUUUUGCCAAUAUGUCUGGACUUGUUGAUCUUACUUUGUCCAGAAACACCAUUAGUUACAUACAGCCCUACUCUUUCACCGACUUGGAGAGCCUUCGGUCUUUGCAUCUGGACAGCAACAGGUUGCCUGAGAUUGAAGAGGAUACUUUAAGAGGUUUAAUUAACCUUCAGCAUUUGAUUUUAAACAACAACCAGCUAAGCAGCAUUUCUGAUGAAGCCUUUGAGGAUUUUUUACUGACCUUGGAAGACUUAGACCUUUCCUACAAUAACCUCCGAAGCAUCCCCUGGGAAUCUAUAAGAAAGAUGAUAAACUUGCACCAGCUCAGUUUAGAUCACAACCUAAUAGAUUAUAUAACAGAGGGGACAUUUGCAGAUCUUCAGAAAUUGGCCAGAUUGGAUCUAACAUCCAACAGGCUUCAGAAGCUCCCCCCUGACCCUAUAUUUGCCAGAUCACAAGUAAUUCCAUUGGUUGUUACCCCGUUUUCGCCACCUCUGUCCCUCAGCUUUGGGGGAAAUCCACUGCAUUGCAACUGUGAGCUACUGUGGUUAAGGCGGCUUGACAGAGAUGAUGAUAUGGAAACUUGUGCUUCUCCUCCAAGUCUAAAGGGAAGGUACUUCUGGUACGUACGGGAAGAGGAAUUUGUUUGUGAGCCUCCUCUUAUUACACAACAUACUCACAAGCUGCUGGUUUUAGAAGGGCAAACUGCCACGCUGAAGUGCAAAGCCAUUGGGGAUCCCACUCCCAUCAUUCACUGGGUGGCCCCUGAUGACCGCCUCAUCGGAAACUCCUCGAGGACAGCCGUCUACGACAACGGCACCUUAGAUAUACACAUCACCACCUCCAAAGACUAUGGAACUUUCACAUGCAUAGCAGCCAAUGCUGCAGGAGAGUCCACCGCAACAAUUGAACUCUCAAUUGUUCAGCUUCCCCAUCUCAGCAAUGGCACAGGCAAAGCAGCUCCACCGAAAUCCAGGCUCUCGGACAUCACCAGCUCCACCAAGUCCAAUCGCGGUGAAACAAAAGGCCCACCAGAAAGGGCUGUCCUGGUGUCAGACGUGACCACUACCUCAGCUUUGGUCAAGUGGACAGUCAGCAAGUCAGCCCCUCGGGUAAAAAUGUAUCAGCUGCAGUAUAACUGCUCAGAUGAUGAAGUCCUGAUCUACAGGAUGAUACCAGCUACAAACAAGGCCUUUGUUGUAACCAACCUUGUUUCUGGAACAGGCUAUGACCUCUGUGUCCUGGCAAUGUGGGAUGACACAGCCACAACACUUACUGCCACCAAUAUUGUGGGAUGCGCCCAGUUCUUCACCAAAGAAGACUACCCUCAGUGCCAGUCAAUUCACAGUCAGUUCCUGGGUGGGACCAUGAUUCUGAUCAUUGGAGGCAUCAUUGUGGCAACUCUGUUGGUAUUCAUUGUAAUUCUCAUGGUCCGCUAUAAGGUCUGCAACAAUUCCCAGGGGAAGAUGUCUAACGUCAGCAACGUCUACUCACAGACGAACGGAGCACAGCCAGUCCAGAACGGAGUCUUGCCCCAGGUCAAUCCCAAAGUGGUGGUGAGAAAUGAACUUAUGGAGUUUAACUGUCAAUCUGCACGGAGCAGCAUCUCCUCUUCCUCCAGCUCUGCAAAUAGCCGUGACUGUGACAACUACAGCCUCCAAAGUGAACAGGGCACAUUGUCCAGUAAAUGGAGGCCUCCUUCCCGGUCAAAACACAAUAUUGACCGGCUAAUGGGAGCUUUUGCCUCCCUGGAACUGAAAUGUCAGAAAAAGGAGGAAAUGACAGACUCCAGAACUUCCACGGUGGCUCGCCACUCGGACAAAGAGCCACUGCUGGGCCAGACAGAGUCCAAAUUCCGCAGCUUCCUCAUGUUGCCUCUGGAGGGCAAAACUAAACGUAGCCAUUCUUUUGACAUGGGGGACUUUGCCACAUCUCAGUGUUGCACCUACCCAAAAAAGAUAACAAACAUUUGGACAAAGAGGAGCCUCUCGGUCAAUGGCAUGCUUUUGCAGUAUGACGACAAUGACCUAACAGGGGCAAAAGGGACUUUCGGAAGCUCAGAGUGGGUAAUGGAAAGCACGGUGUAAAUAUCAGUGUCUCCCCCUUCUCUUCUCCCCUCAUGUGUUACAAAGCGUGGUUUGUUUCUGGGCCAUGCAAUUGGAAAGAGAGGGGAGGAAACGUUUGCUGUUGUAUUGGCCAAAAAGAUAGGCAAGCAAGUAAGUUGCAGGAAUAGCAAAAGAGGAAGAGGGUCAUGAAAUGUGAAUAGGCACAUAUGGUACCAUUCCUGUCUGGCCCCAGCUAAACCAUGCGUGAAUGUUUCAAGGAAUUUGCUAGUUGUAUUUAGCAUUGCUUUCCAAAAGUUACUCAGACUCUUGGUGAACCUUCACACAAGAUUAAACAAGGAGGAUGAAAAGGGUUUUAACAGCAGAAAUUCAGAAAUUUAUUUAUUUUUUUUUUUUAAACCACAGAAAUACACUUCUCUGGAUAUGACUGGUACAAGGAUAUAUCUGAUUGUCGUUGCAAGGGAUUUUCUCAAAAGUGCAGGCAGGGCCCCCACAGGGGCAGAUCAGAGUAAAUUGUUCAGAAUAAUCUCAUGGUCUUAACUGUGACAUCUGGGCAAACAAUAUCUGUUGUUGAAUGGGCUUUUGGUUGGUAUUUAAUUAUUUCUGUUCUGAUUUGAUUUGUUACUGCUUUUCAGUUGCUUUUUUCCCACAACACAAGGUAUGUUUCUAUGCAUAUUUUUGUUUUGCUUUCAGCCUCAUCAAAUCCCCCAGAUGGAAAGGAGGAUAUGUACAAAAGUCAAAUAUCUGAUGUACUGUAUAACCCAAUUCUAAUACCAUCCAUUUUUGUCCUAGGAAGAAUUAAAUCUAGGGAUUAAAAAAAAAAAAAAUCAUCCUCUUUCUUCCAUCUCCUUCAUAACCUCUUGUCAAUGCUCAAGGCAGAUUGCAACAGAUAUCGAUAUCUGUAGGGAUAUUGCUAUCAAAGAUGGGGAAAAUAGUUAUCAGGAUACUCUAAUAAAGGAUAAAGAAAGGGAAAACAGAAGUAGCUCCUGGGAAUUCUCCACAUUAUGAAUAGGAGUGGCUUCUGGUAGAGGU